UUUAAGAUUAAUUUGAAAUUUUCGUUGGUAUAAUUUUUACUAUAAAGUAUACAAAUAUUAAGCUUAAGUAUAAUGGCGUGUCUUUUUGUAUUCGAUAUUAUAAUAACUCAAUUUGAGUCGCCAUAUGUACUAAGCGAGGAACUGGAUAAAGUAAUCGUAGAGGUCACUUUGGACAAUAAAGUAAUCAACAUAACUUCGAGUCAGAUUAAUGUAAACGAAUUCCAGCAAGGUUCAAGUACGGAGUUCAUUCAAACCCCAGAGAAGCUGCAAGAGAGCCUGGAAAAAUGUGGAAUGGAUGUUAUUGUGAAACUUUCCAAUAGCAUUAUUGGCAUGGGCCACAUGAGUUUUCCCAAACCUAUUGUUGAGAACAUAACCGGGGACAUGACUGAACUUCUACAUUUGGAUUCCUGCCUCUUAGGGCGGCAAACACUAGUUGUUGGCAAAGUUGAGUUUCUUUGCCGGCUUGUAUUAAAGAGCAUUCAACAAAUACCGGAGCCAAGCAUUUGCCAACUUCUUGUGGACACAAGUAUAGACCCAAACGAUAUUUUGUUAGUUAUCGGCGAUUACCAGCGCAACCCCGACCCCGUUAAGCCUUGCAUAGAUAAAUGGCAAGUAGACGUAGAGGAUGAGUAUCUAAAAUUGGGCCUCGAACGCUAUCGCACCGUUGAACCUAGUGCAUUUAAGCAUGAUGAAAUUUUUAAAUAUGAUCCAUUGGGCGACUCAAUACGUAAGAAUAUAAACAUAAUGACACAACAGUAUAGUGAAAUUAUUGAUAGAAUUUCUGGUGUUAAGAAACUACCCUGCCGCACGGCGGAGGCAUUAAGAAGUCCUUGCGGCUCGCCGUGUAUCAAUCCUUUAGAUGAUGUAGCCUUAACAAACUCACCAUCUAAUCAGAAUAUGCAGUAUGCUUUUAGCAGCAACAGAUUUACGGGUGGAGGACUAUUAACUCCCAACGACUCACAGAUAAGUAAGGAAGUGCAGUUGUGUCCUGUCUGCCUCCAUAAUAUGUCAUGGCUACCGAAAUAUGCCAGUUGUCCCGGCUGCGGAAUCAAGCAGAUACCAAUCGUUGAAGAGAUUAAGCCAGAAAGAAAAAUGACCGCGGAUGAAAUAUUGAAAGAAUAUCUUGACGAGACCCCACCUGUCCUUGAUGAGGCGCGUAAGCGGGUUCCCAAUGAGAAUCAAUCUAAGUGCCGAUGCACAUGCAAAUAUGACAAACUCUGUGCCAACUGUCGAUUGCGUAAACGAUAUCCGGACAUUAUGCCGCCGAAGUCAAAAGAGGUCGAUGUCGCAAUGGAAAGCGAAGAAGACGCUGAUGAGGAUCCCGAGAUUUAUUGCUUAACACAGACCAGACCUAUGACUUUUCGCCCAUUUCUAUCACGCGUCUUAUCUGAGCUGGUCCAUCUAUAUGAUAUAGACUUAGGAAAGCAAAAAUACCGACAAAAUUGUGAGCCAACUGUGAAAGCAGCCGCGUCAUUAGAGAACGACCAGACGAAUGGAGCCAAGCCGGCUGCUUUAAAAAAAAAGCGCCCAAGCAAGGUCCUCAUGAGCAGUCAAAAGCGAAGAAAGACCAAAAAUCAAAUACACAAAUUUAGCGCGAAAACUAAAAGCCAAAUACACAAAUAUUGCACCAAGAUUAACAGACCAGUCGCACGCCAUCAUGGCUGGGCUUGGUCCUCUAGCAAAGAGGCACGCAAAUACGGCUGGCGACCCGGCGCCAUUCACAAGUCAAUGAAGAAGGCGAUGAAUUUCUUUUUGAAUGGCUCGCAAGGGCGCUCUAGCUAUAAAACCUGCAAUAGCCAUGUGGAAGAGAUAUAUGAGCCGCCCGUGCUAAACUUGGCCAAGAAGAAUGGCGAAAUCUUCAUUACAUUGCGGCCAAUCAAUAAUAUGAAUGUACAAAUGAACCCCAUUAUAUUUAAGGUAGUUAAAAGCGAGCUUGCCGUCGCGCUCAGCGAGAUCAAGAAGCAGCUCAAGGCUAAAGGCUUCUCCAAGUGCUGCUGUCACAAGACGGUGAUGAUGUGCGUCUGUCGCGAUGCCGUGGAAAAGAAAUAUCUACAGAAUGCAAUAGAAGAUGAAUGCAGGCGGCGCAGUAUGGAAAGUUGCGUUGAUCAUCUAGUGCUAACAGACAGCAGUGACAGCGAGUUCGAGUUCGAUUUCGAUGUGAAUACGCCGGCGGGCAUAGCUAAGCCUCCGACUUCACCUAAGCCCCUGACCGCCAAUUUUAGUAUGCAAACAGUCGUGGAACCUAAACCAUACGAACCGCCUUUUCCGAUCAAGUACUCCCCCUACAUGCGCUUCUAUAGCUGUGCUGCUGGGGAUCGCUAUACAAACACAGCGUUUGGUGACUUUAAAGAAAUUGUGUUUGAGGACGGCGUCUUUGGAUAUAGGGGCGGUGGUCCGCAUGGAGUGCAUCCUGGUGUCUUGCCGAAAAACAAAGAUAUUUGGGGGCCAGCGCCUGGUGGACCAAUGCGCGGUGGUGGGGGCAUUCCAGGCGGAAAAUCAUUUCCUGGUCUUCAGAAAACACCAGUCAAAAGUGAUCCAAUUCCCGUCAGGAUGACAAAGCGUUAUAUUCAAGCUCGCGAAAAACAAGCAGAAUCCAAAAAGCUCGAGGUUAAGUUAAUUCAAGGAAAGCCAGACAUGAUGCAACAUAUGAUAAGUAAGGGUGCCAUUCCUAAGCCUUGGAGACCCAGUGGAAAAGCGUAGUAGCUAUGUAGAUGUAGACAAUUUAUAAUUUUUAAUAUUUAUAUUGGUAAACUUCUUUUUUUUUAAUCAAGCCACCAUUUGAUUUACAAAUUUUGACAAUAAACUAAUAA